UCCGCCACCCCUAAUUUGAAGUGAGUAAAACGCCUAAUUAAUGGUCAAGUGCGUGUAUCCGCUGCAAGUGCUGGGAAGUGGGAGGAGGCACAGAGUCUUUCCCCGCCUGGGAAGAGGAGAGGAGAGCUGGGCUGAGUGCUCCAGCUGUCAGAGCUUGAGGGGGGCUCCUGUCGUGUCCUGUAGCGGCGAGGACGUGCUAAAAAAAAAAAGAAGAAGAAGGCCUUCAGUAAAGUGCUGGGAUGGAUGUGGAAGGUGUCGAGGCAGCGGCGCGGCGGGGUGGGCUGAGGAGAACAGGCUGCUGUUGUGAUGGCGAUGGUGUCACCUCUGGGCGCGCUACCUUAGGGGACACUGGCGGAGAAGUGGCACACGGGCGACGGGAUUGACCAAACAAUGAGGAGCGCGAGAUUGGAACCAUCGGGGAGCAGCAGAGGUGCCGCCAUGGAGAGACGCGACGUGGGGAAGCAGGAAAUGCCCGCGUCGAAGGAGGACAAGCGUAAAGAGAAGAAGCCGAAACAGGUUAAGCUCUUCGGGAAGAAAUCACUGAAGUCCGUGGGGAGUUUUAUGAACAAAAUCAUUAAAAGUCUGGGCACUUUCACCCACUUUGGAGACACGCAGGACGUGGAGGACGACGAUGGAGGCUUUGGGAAUGGUGCACCUUGCACCCUCAGCGCUAGCUCAGGGGUUGUCAAAGAGGAUGUACAGGUGCCUCGUCUAGCCAAGAACCUCUCUCUUGGCAGGGAAAAACUACUUUACCAAUAUGGGGACAAAAUCCCAGGUGUUCUGGGAUUGAAAAACCACGGGAACACGUGUUUCAUGAACGCCGUAGUCCAGUGUCUGAGUAACACGGACCUGCUGGCCGAGUACUUGGGACUAGAGAGGUACAAGUUGGACCUGAGUGACACCACAAUAAAUGGGACUGUGAGAACUGAGGAGACCCGCUUUACCAAGGGGGAGGUCACGGAGCGCUUGGCCUCCCUUGUUCGGGCUCUGUGGACUCUGGAGUACACCCCACAGCUGUCUGUGGACUUUAAGACUAUUGUGUCGAAGUAUGGAUCACAAUUCCGUGGCAAUUCCCAACAUGACGCUCUGGAGUUCCUCCUUUGGCUGUUGGAUCGCGUCCAUGAAGACAUCAAUCUGGCUUCACACAACAACAACAAUACAACCGAAGCUUGUGAAAAGGGUCCCAUUGGAGAUGAAAACCUGCUGGAUCCUGACCCGUCCCAGGCCCAGCAGCCCACAGUCCAGCAUAGCUUUGUCCAGGAACAUUUUCAGGCCCAAUACAAAUCGUCAUUGACAUGUCCCCAUUGUUUGAAACAAAGCAACACCUUUGACCCUUUCCUGUGCAUCUCACUCCCCAUUCCUCUUCGUCAGACCAGGCCCAUGUGUGUGACUCUGGUGUUCAGCACCAAAGGACAAAGGUACCUGAGAGUCGGGUUGGCCGUGCCUCUGUUUGGUUCCAUCGCCUGCUUGAGAAGGAUGGUGGCUGAUGAGGGCAACAUCUCCCCAGACCAGGUGAUCCUGACGGAGGUUUACUCCACUGGCUUCCAGCGCUCCUUCUUUGAUGAAGAUGAUCUAACCAGUGUUGUUGAAAAUGAUGUCAUCUACGCCUUCCAGGCGCCGCCCCUCUACAUCCGGGGAGGCUCUGCACGGACUUCAGGCUACCAUCACAGUCUACCAUCUUCUCCGUAUGCCACUGGUCCUCAGGGUCAAAGGUUACCUGCAUCCGGGGCUUUGUCUUCAGAAUUUCUCAACCAGGGCGACCCUAUGAAGAUUCUGCUGUUGGUGUGCAACGCGGCAGGAGCAGGCCAGCAGACCGUGAGGUUUGGCCCUCCAUUCUUAAUGAGGGAGGAUCGGUCUAUUUCCUGGGACCAGCUGCAGCAGAGCAUCCUCAGCAAACUAUACUACUUGAUGGUCAAUGGGGCGCCGGCACAGAAUAACAGAGUGCUCUUCAACGUUCGCGUCGUGGGAGGAUCAUCAUUUUACAGCUACUUGUCACCUCAGGACACCCGGCCGCUCUACCACCCUGCUGUUGACAGAGCGCUAAAACUCUGCAGCCCAGGAGGACCCCCGCAUGUGAAGCUCAUCAUCGAGUGGGAGUACAGGAUCAAAGACUGCCUGUUUGGAAACAUUCAGGAGGAAGUGGUGAAGGAUGCAGAGAGCGUGAGGAACCAGCAGCAGCAGCACGUCCAGCAGUACAGCUGCACCUUGGAUGAGUGCUUUCAGCUCUACACCAAAGAGGAGCAGCUUGCCCCUGAUGAUGCCUGGAAGUGCCCUCACUGUAAGCAGCUGCAGCAGGGCAUGGUGAAGAUGAGCUUGUGGACACUCCCGGACAUCCUCAUCCUCCACCUGAAGCGCUUCAGGCAAGUGGGCGAGCGGAGAAACAAGCUGACCACCUUCGUCCAUUUCCCCCUGGUGGGCCUGGACAUGACGCCGCACAUGGUGAAGAAACGCAACCACGCCACGCAUGAACCUCCACCUCACCCAGGCUGGAAACAGUCCAGACGGCCCGACCUGGCUCCCCCUGACUUCCUGUAUGAUCUGUACGCCGUGUGCAACCACCAUGGAGGAAUGCAUGGUGGCCAUUAUACAGCCUUCUGUAGGAACUCAGUGGAUGGCCAGUGGUACAGCUAUGAUGACAGCAAUGCUGAUCCAGUUCCAGAGGGAGAUGUGUGCACACGCGGCGCCUAUAUCCUCUUUUAUCAAAGAAGAAAAACCAUCCCUCCUUGGUCUGCAAGUUCUUCAGUCACUGGUUCCACAAGCUCGUCGGCGUCUGAUCAUUGGCUCGUGCGGCUGACAGGGUGCAGUGACAGAGGUGCCCUCGUGUCAGCAGCAUCCAGCUUGGGGCUCCCAGUGCCCAUGCAGCCUCCAGAAUCUCCCGAGCUACCAGUGUUUGGAGAAGAACCCUCCAAGACAGCAAGCACAAAUGGAUUUGAAUCCAAACCAUUUGUCCGAGGAACCCAGGGAAGGAGUCUUAGUAUGAGAUCACCAACUAAGCCCAAGGAGACUUUAAGCAAAGUCCUGCCGAUGCGAUGGUCCUUCGGAGCCAAGGACCGGCUGAAGCAUUCAGUCGAGACCCAGUCUGAGGAGCUGGUAGAAUAUCUGGAGUCUGGGCGCCGUCCACGAUGUACCAAAGACCCGAUAAUAAAGCUGGUGGCCACCCCGCCACAAAGGCACGGCCCGGGAAAAGAGGGUGGGCAGGAUUGUAGCUCGCCAAGUGGAAGCAGCUUGAGCUGUACUGAAACAUGCUACUCCCCCAAAAUCCCAGAGGGACAGAGCAGGCCUGGGGUGGAGAGACACCUCAGCCAAGGAGUCGCCAACGGCAGCAACGUCAAAGGCAGGGAUGAUGGUUCUCUGAGGUUGAGGUCAUCUCAUAAGAAAGCAAGGCAGGACCAAGGCAGGACUGUGGACCUCCAACUUCAAAGAGUGGCUAUUUUAGGGGCUCACAUAAGCCACAGUGCACCUCCAAGCAGAGACUCCACACUGAGAAAGAACAAGGUGCAUUUAGGAGGGAGCACCAAAGCACAAAAAGAACCAUUGUUCAUUCAAGCUGUGGGACAAAGAGGACAUGAGGGUCAGAGCCACGACAGCCUCUUGGCCUUUUUCAAACCUGCUUUCAUCCGGAAAGACGUCCCAAGAUCACCACUUAGAGAUCAAGACAGACGCGUCAAUGGGUACGGGCAUCUCGGGAAGCUGGCGAGCAGCGAUUCAACCAAGCUGUCGCUCUCUAACGGAACCCUGAGCACCCUGACGAAAGACGAGCGCAAGGCCAAAGCGCUCCCGUGCUGCGAGGGUCACGCCUGCAAAGCGCAGCUGAUGAACGGACAGACGGCUUGUCUGGACUGUGCCGACAUCAAGCGCGCUCACAGCUCCAGCAACAUCCAGACAAAGCUGGACGUGACAUUUCGCAGGUGUGCCUCGCUGCAGAGGAACGGCGACAUCACGGCCCCUCCCGUCCCCCGCAUCCUGCUCUCUGAUAGGCCCAGCUUUGCCACCCUGCAGAGGACACGAUUCAGUACCACCUCCCUGGGUAGGCACAGACCCGGCCAAGAGCCCUGCUUUUAAAUACCUUUCUUGUUCGGUUCAAAUCACAUAUACAGUACAUUACAGUAGAUCCCCGCUUUUUGCAGGGAAUUGCUAAAAUCCGUCAGUAGUCGAGACGCCCCGUAAAAAUGUCUGUCUAAAAAUAUUCCCCGCCAAACCCUCCUGUUAGCUUGUCGUUCUCCUUCAAUUUGGGAUCAACAUUUGCAAUAAAAGUGACGGUUGUACUUAUUAGAUUAGAUUGCGCCCUUCUCUUUUCAGUAUACCUCCCACACUUAAUCACGAAACAAAUGAGAGGUGUAAGAUGCAUCGGUAUCGCCACUAAUGAAUGAUAAUGUAAGAUGAUCCAUGAACAGAAGAAGUUAUAUGCAAGUUUCACUUCUCACAUGUCUCACAGCAGCUAUGGUGUGUUCAAGGACCGCUGAACUGAAGUACUUACAGAUUAUUACCGACUAAGUGUGAAUGAGAUGUGUUUUAAGGGGGAAAAAACAUUUUUUCCGUCCAAAAAUAAAAUGAAAUAUCUGCAAAUUUGCCUUAAGUCUUAGGCCGCCAUUCGUUUGAUUUUCACAAAAUCAUUUGGACGCAGUAAAACAGUACACAAUUAGCAGGAUUACACUAAAAACACAAAACUGAUUUACAGUCGUCCCUCGUUUAUCGCAGUUAAUUGGCUCAAAUGGAAUAUUUUCGCAGUUCGAGCAUAGAAAACCUUCUUACGACCUUCUAAAUGCGUUAGGGUUACACAUUUUCAAGCAUAAAAAUGUCUAAAUGAAGUAAAAUGCAAAUAUAAGGCAUUCAGAAGACACAUUCAAAUACGUAAUACAGUAUGUAGUACUCUACACUGGUCACUAGGUGUCAGUAAUGUUACUGUAAUGCUUGGUGAGACACAAGCACCAGACUUGAUCCCCGGAACAACAGCCUUCGAUGGCAGGUUUUAAUUAUUUCACAUCAGGCACAAUUAUCCUUAAUAAAAACACGGGCUACUGCUGCGGCAAGCUCAAACUCAACUCGUCACUUCCUGUCCGUCCCCCACUCAAGUCCCAUAGGGAACACAUUUAUAGUAACACACACAAGCACGAGUCUUAUGUCUUAUUUUCUCUUAUUAUGUCUACUAUAUUGGGUAAUGCGAGUGAAAUGUGACUAUAGGGGUGCUAUUAUAUGUCGAGCGGGCUCUAAUAAUGUUACUGUUAGAAGGUCGUAAACAGUUUUUUUGUAGGAACCAAUGAACAGCGAUAAACGAGGGAUUGCUGUCCUGCCGGGUCAAAUAUGCCUUGUAUUUUUUUUACUAAUAUCUGUUCAGGAUAGCAUUUUAUCAAGAGACUAAUAGGUGUAUUUUCCAUCAGUGCCUCUGUGACAUCCCACAGUGACCUCCGACCCCUCAACCGACACACCCGGGCUGAAAACAUCACUGAGACUUUCCUCUCGCCAUUUCUACAGUCGUACUGUUAGUUCUUACCCGUGCGUGUCUUAAACUAUUAAUCUAUGCAGAGUCGAAGCACGGAGGUGACUUAUCGGCUUUAUUUGUUGGACUGACUUUGUCUGUUGCUGUGCGUGUGACUCAUUUUACGCGGGAAGAAGACAGAAAAACACUGAAAAAUGCACUGUAGAUCAUCAUCAUCAUCAUCAUGUAUUAUCGUUUACUUUUUGCACUUCCUUUUAUAGAAUGCAUAUUUUCUUACAUGUCUGAAAGUUCUAUGUUCUUGUAGAGGUGACGUUUAGGACUAGUGGCACUCUACCAAAUGAUUUAUAGUGUUUUAUACGCGAGCCAGGUUGGAUUGGAAAGAUGACUGCCACAUAUGAGGGAAGUCCUGACUUACAUUGCGUUAUGGGGGGGGGGGACGAGGGUAAUAGAAUAGAUUCCUGAUGUGUGUAUGUCUUGGAAAAUCCUGCUUAGAAAUGCAUAACAGUUCUGACGAGCGGAAAAUGUCAGUUUAAUGUAAAUUGUGUACUAAUAAUGUCGCGUUCACUUGGAUGGAGGAGCCACCAAGCAGCUGUGGCGGGGGUGUCCAGACCUUUUUCCAAGGACCACUUUGAUAUUUUUGAAAGAUAUGCGCAGAAGUUAUGCAUAUUUCACGAAAAUUGCAUCUCAGCGUUGUGGUAUAAUAGGUGAAAAAGCAUAUAAUGACUGAACUUCUGUCUUUGCUCUUUCUUUUUUUUUCAUCUUGGCUGGUUUUUUUUUU